AUGGAGCCAGCAGCUGAGACGAGAGGGCCAGAGGUCAUGGCUGUUAUAGUUACAUUUUUCGCUUCAUCACUUAUUUCUUGUAUAUUACGAUUUUACGUUCGAAUUUUCAUGAUCAAGGCGUUCCGAGGUGACGACUGGUUAAUGGCCAUCGCUAUGAUGUCCUACACUAUGUAUACAGCUUUCUCCAUUUACGGCAUAACACAAGGGACUGGCCGACAUAUGGAAGAUCUCAGCUUGGAGCAGAUCCACAAAGCAAUGAUGUGCUGGUGGCUCGGUUAUAUCGGCUACAGUCUCACAAUGAUGAUGUGCAAACUAUCCAUUGGCUUCUUCUUGCUCAACGUGGCAACUAGCAAACUACACAAAUGGGUUAUCUACAUAACCAUGUUCUGCUCUACAGUCUCUGGCCUGCUUUUCUUCUUUAUUUCUAUAUUCCAAUGCCAACCCAUAUCCUAUGCUUGGAUGAAGGAUCAGCCUGGCAAAUGCAUUAACCUCAAUGUCACUAUUUACCUGACAAUCAUGUACAGCAUCACUGCCGUUAUUUCUGAUUUCAUCUUUGCACUCCUCCCGGGACUCAUCAUUUGGAAACUGCAGUUGAAGAAGAGGACAAAAUAUUCCCUCAUACCCCUCCUUGCCAUGGGCUGGAAGUCGAUUGGCUCUGACAUCGCCUUGGUCUCGCGAGUCAACCCACAGCAUUACGUACAUAUGGCCACAAGUCAACACCAAGUUCCGGAUCUGCAAAACAAGGUCACCUUGCUGGACGCUUUUCAGAACGUGAAACUUUAUCGCCUACGACUAUUCAGCGCCCAGAAGCUGCAGGCCGAAAAAUGUCUGGUUUGA